AUGGGAAACUGCUGUGGGUCCGUCUCGGACAAUGGCAUUGCCUCCACCUCACCACGUCCCUCCCCUCCACGUCGUCGUAGGUGGCCGGGCUUAACAGGAAGCGCUACCGGGAGCGAAAAAACGAUGCGGAAGCAGCGCAACGGGCUCAAGUUUACGCCGCUGGCUGUGACCAACAUGCCGUUUUUCAUGAGCAGAGGUAAGGCCAGCAGCAAGCCUAUCCACGGCACCGCCGUCGUCACCGCUCUGCCGACCGCCUCAUUGAUGGACGGUGAUGCCGCCACCCUCGCUACCCCUAUACACAAACAGGGCGUGCACGUCAUAACCACAACACCGCAUGGCGCCAGCGCCGGCGGCUUUGAUCUGCUCAUGCCUGAUCUGUUUAGCGUCUCCGCUUCCUCGUUCUCGGCGCUGCUCGAGAGCUUCGACAUGGGCAACCACUCUGAGGGCAGUAUUAGCACCUGUCGGGACGAGGAGGGACAGAGCUCGCUGGUGGAGGUGAGCCAACCAACGCAGAGCUUGAGAGGCAAUACACACAUGCACUCAGAUAUGGACAUGACGAGCGAAUGGGAGCUGCUGUCGUUUGACCGCACUGGCCGGCGGUCGGAGCGUUGGGGUUGCAGUGGGCUGGACCACAGCCGACUGCAUCAACUGAUCAUCCGCGAGGCUGAGGUGCGUGCGUCGCUGACGGUCGUGUACAUGAAUCUGCAUCAGCAGCUUCUCUUGCAUCUCACCAAGGAGCGGCUCAUCGCGGUGCACCUCGGCAUGCUGCAGAGGUACCAGUCCGAGUGGACGGUGCAAUGCAUGUGUUGGAUCAUGGCGUUAGAGAGCGUGGUGCGGGAAGGAGUGGCACGCGAGUGGUGGGCGGAGCGGGCCGUUCUAGUGCGCCGAGUUGGGUCCUCUAGGGUUUCCCCGUCACCAUCGUCGUUGACACGCGACGACGCGAUGCCCGGCACUGCAGACAGCCACGUGGUGAAGCGGCAGGACAGUUUGCCCCACGUACUGAAUUUGUACACGACUGCAGACUUGACCCCCAGCGAGGGGGCUGCGGAGGACGAUACGUGGAGCAUGCGCAGUCAGUCCAUGCGCGCCUUUUCCUCGCCUGCCCCGUCUGCCCUGCAUCAGCAGCAGCAGCAGCAGCAGCUCUCGGCACUUAGUGGGUCGCGAUCCGCGUCUGCAGAGCUUACUGCCGGCCUUCAUUCGGUCCCUCGAGUUAGUGCACGACGUGCCUCGUCUUCUGUGUCGUCGUCUGCAUCGGGCCUCCGUUCACCUUUGCUCACGAGGAGUGUGACCGCUGCGCAGCAAGCCCAGCGCUACAGGAUAGUGCGAGGGCCGCAGCUACCCGUUGGCGAGGGGCAUCCGCGAGCGCUGGGAGCCUGCGUCUGUGUACCAGAGGCUGAUGCGUGA